AGGAGUGUGCAGGUUUCUUCUUGCCAUUGAAUGAACAGGUUUGCUUGGGGCUGUGGAGUUGUGCAACUUCCGUGUAGACUAGAGAGGCUCAGCAGACGGAAAGGAGAGCUUUGUAUAGGCCAGAGGGGAGGGGAGAGCGCAGAGAACGGAGCUCACAUCAAAGUUCUACGGACACACCGCCCUGAGCGACCAGAGAUCAGCAGCAACGACGCCGCACCCGACCUUGCAGAGGCCUGGGAGCCCAGAGGGGACAGUAAGAAGCCGCUACGGCUAAGAUUUGGGAAUACGGUGAAAGAAGAGACCAUGCGACCUCCAUGCGAUUCGGAGACUCCAGGGUUUGACCAAUUGCCUUUUAGCAGUGAGGAGUCCCAAAGGGUAAUGUUCGUGAACAAACCUCGGGAUGAUAACCACACCAUAAAGUUUUGUAAAACUAAUGAUGUGCCCAUAAUGGAUGAAACAAUGAGACUAAGCUCCAAGAGCCUCUCUAAGCCCCAAGAGGAAAGCGACAGAUCAAGAGCUUCACAAACUAGAGAAGAAAACACGGUCUACUCUGUCGAAGAAAGGAAUGACCUUACUUUCAUGAACAAAGGAUUAAAUGACAACUCUGUUGCAGUGGUUACUAUUGAUACUGUAGGUGGCAUGUUAGACAAUAGUGCCAAUACAAGUAGCCAAUGUAACAUCAGCUCUGCAGAGGGCAAAGAACCCAACAGUGAUAACAAUUAUAGACAAGACGCAAAUGUCUUCUCAAGCCUAGAAAACCAUAGCUUCAUCUAUGGCAAGAUGGACAAUAGUCCCUCGUUGGACACUAUAUCUGAGAACAGUUCCCACUUAUGCAUCCAGCCUCCCACCAAUGUUAGAAUAGACAGUGAACCCAAUGAAGAUACCAUUGAAAGACCAGACCCUGUUGAAGGCUCUCAAAUGAAUGAAGCUGAUAUCGUAGAAGAUAUAUACACUGAUUAUUCAACUGCCGAAUCAGAUGAGAAUUCAACCAACUUUGCACUGGAUGAUAAUGACACUGUAGGCAGUAGACUAGAUGAGAGUGCCAAUGCAUGCAGUGAAGGUAACAACUUCUCUCCAGAGAUAACUGGACUAGACAAUGAUAACAGCAAUGCCAGUGGGAACCCCUCAAGCCAGAUGCUAAAAAGCCAUACCUCUAUGGGUGACAAGAUACGCAAUGAUUUCAUGUUGGACGCAGGACUUAAGGACAGUUCCCCCUUUAGCAGCUGGCCUCAUGCCAAUGUUACUGUAGACAGUGGACCGCAUGUGGAUACCUUAGGGUUAGAAAACAAUGUAGCAGACAACUCCUCCGUAUUAGGCACUUUUGGAAUGGAUAAAAGCAAGGGCAAAAAAUAUUCCCAAGAUGAAAACAACGGGCCAACAAUUUCAAAAGCGGAUGAAGAACAAAAUGUUGUAAUUAGUAGGUUAGACAACUAUGCCAGUGCAGGAAGUAGAGGUAACCCCAUUUCUGAGGAAGACACAGAAAUGGACAAAACAACCUAUGAGCGUGAUAUAGGUAUCUUUUCAAGCCAAGAUGAAAUCAACAUCUCAAGAGCUUCCAAAACUGAAGAACAAAAUGUACUUAGCACUUACCAUGACUCCAUAGUUCUUGAAAAGGAAAGAGCUACUUCCUCAAGCCAAGGAUCGAAUGGCAAUUCAAUUACUACCUCCUCAAGCCAGAUGCUAAAAAUCUGUACCAUCAUGGUUGACAAGACAGACACCAGUUCUUCAUUAAGCACUAGAUCUAAACAGCCGUACCCCAAUGUUACUGUAGACAGUGGACUGUAUGAAGAUUCCUUAGAAAGACUAAAAACUGGUGUUACAGGGUUAGAAAACAAUGUUACAGACAACUCCUCCGUAUUAGGCACUUUUGGAAUUGAUAAAACCAAGGGCAAAAAAUAUUCCCAAGAGUCCCAAGAUGAAAACAACAUUCCAACAAUUUCCAAAGCUGAUGAAGAACAAAAUGGCCUCUUUGUUAGCCAAAAUGCCGAAGUCAUCGAAAAUAAAUACAUCGCUACCUCAAGCCAUGAAGAUGACAACCCCACUACUUCUGGGUUUAUUGAUUAUGACGCUGUAAAUAGUAAGUUAGACAACUGUGCAAGAAGUGGAGGUAACCCCAUUUCUGAGGAGGACACAAAACUGGACAACACAACCUGUGAGCGUGAUGUAGGUAUCUGUUCAAGCCAAGCUGAAAACAACAUCUCAAGAGCUUCCAAAACUGAAGAACAAAAUGUACUUAGCACUAACCAUGACUCCAUAGUUCUUGAAAAGGAAAGUGCUGCUUCCUCAAGCCAAGGAUCGAAUGGUAAUUUAAUUAACUGGACUGGACUGGAUGAUAAUUACACUGUAGGUGUCAGGUUAGACAACAAUGCCAAUACAAGCAGCCAAGAUAACCUCAGUUCUGCAGAGGCCAAGGAGGUGGAAAGUGGUGGCAAAUGUGAAUGUGGAAUGGAUACCUCCUCAAGCCAGGUGCUAAAAAGCUGUACCUCCAUUGUUGACAAGACAGACUCCAGUUCUUCGUUAAACACUCAAUCUAAACAGCCUUACCUCAAUGUUACUGUAGACAGUGGACUGCAUGAGGAUACCUUAGAAAGACAAAAACCUGAUGUUACGGAGUUAGAAAACAAUGUAGCAGACAACUCCUCCGUAUUAGGCACUUUUGGAAUGGAUAAAACCAAGGGCAAAAAAUAUUCCCAUGAGUCCCAAGAUGAAAACAACGGGCCAACAAAUUCCAAAGCUGAUGAAGAACAAAAUACCCUUUUGGUUAGCCAAAAUGCUGAAGUCAAUGAAAAUAAAUACAUUGCUACCUCAAGCCAUGAAGAUGACAACCCCACUAAUUCUGGGUUUAUUGAUUAUGACACUGUAAAUAGUAAGUUAGACAACUGUGCCAGUGCAGGAAGUAGAGUUAACCCCAUCUCUGAGGAGGACACAGAACUGGACAACACAACCUGUGAGCGUGAUAUAGGUAUCUGUUCAAACCAAGCUGAAAACAACAUCUCAAGAGCUUCCAAAACUCAAGAACAAAAUGUACUUAGCACUGACUGUGACUCCAUAGUUAUUGAAAAGGAAAGUGCUGCUUCCUCAAGCCAAGGAUCUAAUGGCAAUUCAAUUAACUGGACUGGACUGGAUGAUAAUUACACUGUAGGUGUCAUGUUAGACAACAGUGCCAAUACAAGCAGCCAAGAUAACAUCAAGGAGGUGGAAAGUGGUGGCAAAUGUGAACGUGGAAUGGAUACCUCCUCAAGCCAGGUGCUAAAAAGCUGUACCUCCAUGGUUGACAAGACAGACACCAGUUCUUGGUUAAACACUCAAUCUAAACAGCCUUACCUCAAUGUUACUAUAGACAGUGGACUGCAUGAGGAUACCUUAGAAAGACAAAAACCUGAUGUUACAGGGUUAGAAAACAACGUAGCAGACAACUCCUCAGUAUUAGGCACUUUUGGAAUGGAUAAAACCAAAAAAUAUUCCCAUGAGUCCCAAGAUGACAACAACGGGUCAACAAUUUCCGAAGCUGAUGAAGAACAAAAUGGCCUCUUUGUUAGCCAAAAUGCUGAAGUCAUUGAAAAUAAAUACAUCGCUACCUCAAGCCAUGAAGAUGACAACCCCACUAAUUCUGGGUUUAUCGAUUAUGACGCUGUAAAUAGUAAGUUAGACAACUGUGCCAGUGCAGGAAGUAGAGGUAACCCCAUUUCUGAGGAGGACACAGAACUACUGGACAACACAACCUGUGAGCGUGAUAUAGGUAUCUGGUCAAGCCAAGAUGAAAUCAACAUCUCAAGAGCUUCCAAAACUGAAGAACAAAAUGUACUUAGCACUGACCUUGACUCCAUAGUUAUUGAAAAGGAAAGUGCUGCUUCCUCAAGCCAAGGAUCGAAUGGCAAUUUAAUUAACUGGACUGGACUGGAUGAUAAUUACACUGUAGGUUCCAGGUUAGACAACAGUGCCAAUACAAGCAUCCAAGAUAACAUCAAGGAGGUGGAAAGUGGUGGCAACUGUGAACGUGGAAUGGAUACCUCCUCAAGCCAGACGUUAAAAAUCUGCACCUCCAUGGUUGACAAGACAGACACCAGUUCUUCAUUAAGCACUAGAUCUAAACAGCCGUACCCCAAUGUUACUGUAGACAGUGGACUGUAUGAAGAUUCCUUAGAAAGACAAAAAACUGGUGUUACAGGGUUAGUAAACAAUGUAGCAGACAACUCCUCCGUAUUAGGCACUUUUGGAAUGAAUAAAACCAAGGGCAAAAAAUAUUCCCAUGAGUUCCAAGAUGAAAACAACAGGCCAACAAUUUCCGAAGCUGAUAAAGAACAAAAUGGCCUCUUUGUUAGCCAAAAUGCUAAAGUCAAUGAAAAUAAAUACAUCGCUACCUCAAGCCAUGAAGAUGACAACCCCACUCAUUCUGGGUUUAUCAAUCAUGACGCUGUAAAUAGUAAGUUCGACAACUGUGCAAGAAGUAGAGAUAACCCCAUUUUUGAAGAGGACACAGAACUGGACAAAACAACCUAUGAGCCUGAUGUAGGUAUCUGGUCAAACCAAGAUGAAAUCAACAUCUCAAGAGCUUCCAAACCUGAAGAACAAAAUGUACUUAGCACUGACCAUGACUCCAUAGUUAUUGAAAAGGAAAGUGCUGCUUUCUCAAGCCAGGGAUCGAAUGGCAAUUCAAUUAACUGGACUGGACUGCAUGAGAAUUACACUGUAGGUUCCAGGUUAGAAAACAGUGCCAAUACAAGCAUCCAAGAUAACAUCAAGGAGGUGGAAAGUGGUGGCAACUGUGAAUGUGGAAUGGAUACCUCCUCAAGCCAGACGUUAAAAAUCUGCACCUCCUUGGUUGACAAGACAGACACCAGUUCUUCGUUAAACACUCAAUCUAAACAGCCUUACCCCAAUGUUACUGUAGACAGUGAACUGCAUGAAACCUCCUGGAAAAGACAAAAACCUGAUGUUAGAGGCCGAGAAUUCCAUCCCAAAGACAAGGCCCUAAUGUCACUCACAUCUGAAAAUUAUAACAAUAAGAAUGAAAACCUUUCCUUUGAAUCCCAAGGUGAAAUGGUGCCAAUAUCUUUGAAAACUGAACAAGAAGAAAAGGAAUUGGCCGAAACCAAUGACAAAAACAUUUCCUAUGGGUCUCAAGACAAAGAGGGGCCAAGAGGUUUCAAAACUAAAGAAGAACAAUGUGAGCUCAAUGCUGGUCUUGAUAUUACGAAAACGAAACACAUUGAUUACUCAAAGCAUACAUCAUAUGACGACUCAGAAAAUGUUAGUGAUGCUGUAGUUGGUAGACUAGACAACAGUACCAAUGAAGACAGAAGAGCUAACACCAGUUCUUCUUUGGACACUGAACUGGACAAAAAGAACAACCAUGGGCGUGAAAUAAAAAUCCAAUCAAACCAAGAGCUAUUAAACCCUACUUCCAUGGGUGACAAGAUGGCAUCCAAUUGCCCAUUGGUCACUAGACCUAAUAAGAGUUCUUCCUUUAGUAAGUCUUAUGCAAAUGCUAUUGAGGACAGUGAACUCCAUGAAGAUACCAUAGAAGAACAAAAACCUGUUGUUAGAGACUCAGAAAGUCUUGUAGAAGACAAGACCUUUACCGACCUUGAACUGCCUUCUGGAAUCUCCUCAGACAGUGAGCCUGAAUACCAAGUUUCUAAAAUCAACAAUACCAACAUUGAUACCUUCUUAGGCAAUGAAGUGGAUUUCAAAGCCUCUGAAACUCAAACCCUGGACAACUCUCCUUUUGUGGGCAACCAAUUCAAUCGCUUUCCAAGCAGUGGCACUUUGCAUAUGGUGCCAGCAAGUGUGCUUAAAUCCAGAAAAAGCAGCAAGUCACAAAAUACUAAUGAUGCUACAAGACAGAGUCAUCGAAAACUCAAAAUAAAAGUCAGAAGACAAAAGUCACAAAAACUUGUCCGAAACCCAAAAUCAAACAUCCAAGACAAAUCAAAAAGAGUCCUUCAGCCUAAACGUGGAGAAAAGGCUUUCAAUGAGACUAAUCGAGAAAAGAGAACCCCCAUAGCAUACACCCCCGAAGAUGAUGCUAGGUCCUUUAAAGUUAACAGUUAUAAGGAGAAAGAAAUUGUAACAAGAAUGAACCAGUCAAUGGAGAGCAUCAGACUUAUGAUAUCCGAAAAGCUCAAAGGCAGUUGGGCUGCCGUGGUGAAGUUGUUGGUUUUAUUAUGGCUGUGUCACCAUUGCGUGAUACCAGUAGGCGCCACCCCAAUCCAACCCACCCCGGAACUGCCAUUGACGCAAUGGCGGCGGCACACGUUCUGCACAGAUGGAUAUCCCCUCAUUAAUGAGACUUUGAUCAUCAACAUGGAACACAGAACGGAUCCAGGAUGUAUGUUUCGUGCCCCAGCUGUGCCAUACUUUUACAACUGUUCUAAAUUCAAUGCCUUAGUCUUCUUCAUCAAUGCAACCUGCCUGGAAAUGUUCACCACGUACCUGCAAAUCUGGAGCUGGGUUUUGGAAUAUGGCGCAGUCUACCAUGGAAAGGACCUUACAUCAGUUCGUGGAGAGCUGUUUCCUCAUGAACACGUCAUGGCCAAAGUUCAUCAGUAUGAAGGUGGUGAUGGUCCUCAAGGUAGAAGUUACAUACCAGCAACCCCGACACCGCUUUUUACUAAUGGAACAACCAGCGAGCCGUUGGACAGGCCCACUCGGUCAAGAAUCUUUUGCCUAUUGCCUAUUAUUGCAGUUACACUCUUGGUUUUGGUGCUGCUUGGGUACUACUUUCUCAAAAGAUGUAAGAACAAACCCAAAACUCCGUCCCCAACAUCUAAUGGCAUUGAAUUACAAGUCAACAAACAAGAUGGAGAUGAUACCAACCGAGGCCUUCUCUCUAAUGGAACAUCGGAACCCCCAACUCAAGAACCAGAAGGCUGAGACCUAAUUCCUAAUACGGGACACAGAGAACAAUCUUCUCAGACUCUUCAUAUCUCUAUAUUAUAUCAUUUCUAAAGCCAAGUCGAGCAAAAGACCUCAGUCUCCUAAAACCGUACAUCUGAGAAGGCCUGGAUGGCAAAUCCAAGAGAAGACCGCACUGGUUUCCAGGUAUUGGUAAGUAUCUGAUUUUUAAAGAGUCAGCAGCUACAAAUACCGUACAAAU